AUGGCGUCAAACAAUAUAUUAUUUGUGAUAUGGUGUGAUGGUAGCAUCAUAAACUCCCCUCGUGGAGUUCAAUAUUUGGGGGGUAGAUAUGUUCAUGUGCCGAUUAAUGGAAGAAUAAAUUUUGGGGAGUUGGCCGAAAUCUGUAGAACGGCAGUAUCUACUAGUGUAAGCCCUCCGGAGGUGACGAAAAUUUAUUUUCGGCUACCUCAUGUUGAAAGGUACGAGAUAUGUUCAUACUCGUUGUUCGAAGUGCAAGAUGACCAACACGUAUUUGCGAUUCUGAACCAGACAGCUCGGAUGCCGACGUUGAACGUGUUAGAGUUCUACGUGGAGUAUCAUAUUUUGGCUUCUAAUGAAACUUCGAUGCAACUAGAUUUAUGUUCUAGUGAGUCUGAGAGAGGCAGUGUGGAAGAGGAAGAAGAUGAGCACUAUGAUAGUGAGGAAGAGGAUAUGGAGGAUAUUUUAAUCGCUGAACAACCAAGUAAUAUUACACAUUACCAGUCUCGACUUCCGCAACACAUACGAUGUGUCGAUCUCAGUGACUUUGAUGUGGACGAGACAUGGGAAGCGCCGAACAUUGAAUGGCAGCGGGGGAUGGAAUUUCAAACCGGGAUGAUUUUCUCGAGUCGAUUGGCUGUGCGAACAUGUGCCAUUACUUAUUCGGUUGAUAAUGGACGAGAGUUUAAGAGUCGCCGGACAACAAAAACAACACUGGUCCUAGUUUGCAAGCAUCGAGAAAUGUGCGAUUGGUGGCUGCGGGCCACCCUGCUUCAGAAAACCAACACAUGGACGUUGACGAAAUAUAUAGGGCCACACAAAUGCGAUAUGCUAGCGUCAACUCGUAACCACAGAAAUUUUGGAAUUAUUCAAAUUGCCGAUUUUAUUAAGACUCAAGUGUUGGGGCAGCGUGAUAUUCGGAUUAAGACGCUUAUGGCAGGGAUUUUAGAAUCCUUAGGACUGGACCUUCCAUAUAAGCGGGUAUGGUAUGCAAAAGAGAGAGCAAUUAGCAGCGUCUAUGGGGACUGGGAAUAUAACUACACGCAAAUCACGAAAUUCAUGGAUAAUGUGGUCGAAGUGAAUCCUGGAUCCUUUUGGCAUGGUGAAGGCCGACUAACUGAUUGCGGUGGGGUGCAAUGUAGAAUUUUCAAGCGAAUGUUUUGGACCUUCUUUCCGAUGGUUGACGGAUUUCCAUUUUGCAAACCAGUUUUAUUCAUCGACGGGACGCACCUAUAUGGUAAAUACAAAUUGCAUAUGUUGAUAGCGUCGGCGGUAGAUGGCAACAACCACAUAAUGCCAGUGGCGUUUGCAAUAGUUGAGUCCGAAUCUAGUGAGAGUUUUGAAUAUUUUUUGAAUCAUCUUGGAGAUCAAGUCAUUCGCGACCGAAAGGUGGCCAUUGUAUCAGAUCGUGCUCCCGGAUUAAUAUCGGUUUUGAAGCGUCCGGAAUGGGAAGGGAUUGAUCAUUUUUUCUGUAUUCGGCAUUUAAUGGCUAAUUUCCACACUCAUAUCAGAAAUAAUGAUAUGAAGUUGCUGGCUGAGAAAGCAGGUCGUACUUUUCAAGAGAAAAAGUACAAGCGAUACAUGGCCACUAUGGCAAUAAGAUCUCCGGCGGGGUAUGCUUAUUUGACCGAUGAGAGAUAUCUUAAGAAAGAACAGUGGGCUUUGUGUUGGGACAUUAAGGCGCAAAGGAACGGUGUAAUGACGACGAACUACGCCGAGUCCAUUAAUGCAACUCUAAAGAAUGUAAGGGGGCUUCCAAUCACAGCGAUGAUAGAGGCUAUCUUUGACAGACUCAGCGAUAUGUUCGUCAAGCGUUGGGAAAUGUAUAAAGGGAUAAUCGCCAAAGGCGUCAUGUUCACUCCGAUCUGCAACACGCAUCUGAAAAAUAAAGGGAGGAAAUAUUCAGAAGGUCAACCUUCAAAUGAUGAAGUGCACGUGCGGGAAGUUCCAACACCGCCAGAUCCCUUGCUCCCAUGCCAUGGCAGUCAUUCAACAAGAAAAGUUAAACCCUCACAACUACGUAGGGUGGCGGUACCAAACCAAGAAUGCCAUACAAGCAUGGAAUACUCAAUUUAA